GGUUUUUAGACUUGAUUCGUCAGUUGCUCAGUUCACGAAUAUAAACAUUCACUUUAACAGAAGACUAGUAAAGAAACUUGAGUUGGCAACAUAAUAAAACGAGCAAUGGCCGAAAUACCUCGCAACACUUUCGGGACUUGGGACUAUGUGAUCUUUGUCGCCGUAUUAUUAGUUUCAAUCGGAGUUGGACUUUUCUUCGCAUUUACUGGUGGACGCCAGAAAACAAAUAAUGAGUUUCUCAUGGCAAAUAGGCAGAUGAACGUGGUACCUGUUGCAAUAUCAAUGGUGGUUACCAUUAUAUCUGCUAUAACGUUAGUAGGGACACCAGGGGAAAUGUACACAUAUGGCAGUAUGAUGUGGCUCUAUGCUCUUGCAGCCGCCUUUGGGUACAUCUUAGCAGCCAUUCUGUUCGUUCCCUUAUUGUAUCCGCUUAAGCUGACAAGCGCUUAUGAGUACUUGGAAAUCCGAUUCCAGUCUCGAGCUGCCAAACUUGUUGGAACUCUAAUGACACUUACUAAUGCGAUAUUGUACAUGGGUGUUGUGAUGUACGCGCCAUCUACAGCCAUGGAGAUAGCAACCGGUUUUCCGAUAUGGAUCACAUUAAUUGUCCUAUUUGUUGUGUCGACGUUUUAUACAACAUUGGGUGGAAUGAAAGCAGUUGUUUGGGUAGAUGCGUUACAAUCUGUGGUCAUGCUUGCAGGAAUGAUGGCAGUUGCAAUUCAGGGUUCUAUACGAGUCGGUGGAAUUUCAAAGGUCUGGAGAAUAGCUGAGGAAAAUGGUCGCAUUGACUUUUGGAAUUUCAAUCCAGACCCUACCAUAAGACAUACUUUCUGGACAGUCGUGGUUGGUGGUAUGAUGGAUCUACUGGCCAGGACGGGCGUUUACCAGGCAGCUGUACAGAGAUAUUGUUCAGUACCAACCAUGAACAAAGGCAGGAUAACUACAUUGCUGAAUGUCCCAUUUAUGGCCCUUAUAUGGUCUGUAACAUGUCUGGCUGGUAUUGUGAUGUUUUCGUACUAUGCUGACAAAGGGUGUGACCCAUUGAGAGCUGGAUAUGUCAAGAAUCCAAAUCAGUUAAUAGCAUAUUUCAUGUUAGAGGUGUUAGACUAUCCUGGUGUAUCAGGAUUGGUAGUUGGCAGUAUAUUCAGUGCUGUGCUCAGUACAACAUCAUCGAUCCAGAGUGCAGCAGCCGCUAUAACAUGGGAGGACCUGUUGAAGUGGAAAUUUGGAGACCUGCCUGAAAUAAAAAGAACUUACGUUACAAAAAUACUCGUCGUUAUAUAUGGAGCAAUUGGUAUGGGCAUGGCAUUCUUAAUGAUGCAGAUGGGUGGCACCGUAAUACAAGUUGGGUUGGCAUUUGUUGGGGCAUCGGUUGGUCCAUUACUAGGCCUUUUUAUACUAGCGUCAUUUUUCCCUUGGACAAAUUGGAUCGGGGCUGUUGUUGGUGGCAUAGUUGGACUUGCAAUACCAUUAUGGAUCAGCUUCGGGUCAUACAUACAUGGGACUCCUGUGCCAUACCUUCCAACUGACAUUAGCAGAUGCCCCAAUGGUACAAUUGUUAUUUCCAAUAUAACAGCUCCAACAAAACCACCCUUGACUGGCAUAAGCAACAUUUACAAGGUUUCGUAUCAAUACAACGGUUCUAUAGGAUGUGCAACUGUUGUAUGUGUGGGACUUUUAGUCAGCUGCUGUUCAGGACUGUUGAAAAACCACCAAGUUCAUCCGAGACUAAUUGUGCCAUUCUUUGAUCGCCUUCUAUGCUGUCUGCCUAAGUCUUUCAGAAGACUUUUGCAAUGUAAAGUGGACCACGAAGGGAAAGAGAACGAUCCUGUAUAUUUCUACAACUAUGGUUUCGAUGAAGGGAAUCAGGUUGCUGCAAAACAGGAGCAACUAAAUGACUUAAAUGAAACACCAUUUCAACAAAAAGAAAGAAACCACUCAGACAUCAAAAACUCUGAUCAACUUGAAAAUGGCAGUUAUGUCAUUCAUAGGAAUAAUGGUAGCGAAAAUAAAAGCUUUGAUAAUGAUACAGAUGACCAAAAUUUCACUCGGUUAUAAUCACGGACUUUGACUAGUCCAUAGUAUGAUGCAUACCAGUUGUAAGAUGGUGUAUGAUUGGUUGGGCUUCCAUAAUAGUAUAGACUUAUGUAUCAUUUAUAUAUUUUUUUAAUAUUUUUAUAUUAUACCUAUUAUAAGUAACCAACUUGUCUCAUAGUCUACACUAUGCAAUGUAAAUGGUGCUUUGUACAUGGGAUCAUUGUCUUUGGAUAUUGGGGAUUUGCUUCCUUAUGACUAACAGUUGGUGCAUGCUUACAUUAACAUAUAUAGACAAAUAAAAAUACUGUAAGUGUCCAUGGCAUAUUGACCUAGAUGGUAUUUCUACAACAUCAAUUGAAUGAGCUAAAUUCACCAGAAAAAUUAAAACAACAUCAUCAUUACUAAAGAAGUGAUUCAAAAUAUUUUCGGUAUCUUGUUUCUGGCCACUCAGAUGUAGUAUUGUAUGAGUCGUCCUGACACCAUGCUAAUUAUGAUUUACAAUGGCAUUAUUUACGCUGAAAGCUAUACACAUGCUGUCUCCUUAAAACCUGUAAUUCUACCACAAUAAUAACAAUGCUGUAAAAGAUACAUGGAUACUCAUAACAAUAUUGUUUUCUUUCAAAUGUUAUGAUAAGUGAGUGAGAAAAUAUUGCAUUAGGUCCUUCAGUUGUAAUCAUAGAUGAGAAAGUAAUAAUGAUAGUUGCAUAUGCAUAUAAGAAUGAAAUAUUCCACAAAAAAUACGAUCAAGACAAGUAUCGCAGACAAUGUCUAAUGUUAAGUAUACAAUGCCAGCAAUACAAGACACGUGUACUAUACGACACAAAUGCAUAAGUAUUAGAUGUACAGC